AUGCCCGUGAGUGUGGCACCAUACGGCCAUGGUCAGGCCCAGCCCAGCUGUUUCGACAGGGUCAAGAUGGGCUUCAUGAUGGGCUUCGCGGUGGGCAUGGCCGCCGGAGCCAUGUUCGGAACUUUCUCCUGUCUCAGAAUCGGCAUGCGAGGCCGGGAACUGAUGGGAGGAGUGGGCAAGACCAUGAUGCAAAGCGGGGGGACGUUUGGGACCUUCAUGGCCAUCGGGAUGGGCAUCCGCUGCUGA